AUGGCAUACUACAGCAAGAUGGGGGACGAUCUGUUGAAGGCGCAAAUAGAAAUGAGUACUUCUGCAUCUUCAGAGGCCACAGAUGUUGCUAGGGACGAACAGCCUUUGACGGCACAAGAACGGCUGAUCAACAUGAUCGCGACGAGAAUAAUUGAACCUGCUAGUACAGCACCUGCACCGUCUGGAAUGAAUACUAGCGCGGCCAAUAGUGCCAGUGCCUUGUACAGAAGUUCGAUCCACUUGCACCGACGCAGUUCAUUGCAGGCUAGUUUGGACAGUUUGCGGCUGAUGCUCUUCGCGAGUCGCUUGAAUGCCGCUGGAUUUUCGAUAGCGGUGAGCACGCUGCUACAAUGCGCUACGUUGGACGACGUGUACGCGAGCAUCCGGGUCGAAAAUCCAGAAACAGUGGAAAAGCAGCUGGUACAGGAGGGGCUUGUCAACGACGGCGCGGAAAAGACGACUGCAGGCCGCGAAGCAGGACAGCCAGAAGGAGAUGCUGAAGAUAUGAACAAUACGGGACACGAAGUUCAUUUUGCGCCAAGAAAUAAAACUGGAGAUGCGAAGAUGAAAAAACAGAUAUCAUCACUGGUGACAGUACAAAGAGAUUCAGAAUCCGCCGCCCCAUCUUCUGCAGCUCCUUCGCGGCCGACAAGCCCGCCGUGUAGUUCUUCGCAGAGACCGGCAAUGAACGAGCAAAACCCUUUGGAACAAACUCCUGUCGCUCGACGAGAGCCCCCCUCGUCGUGCUCCACUUCGAGCAAUAGGGUUGCAUCAUCUUCCACAGGCUUCCCCUACCCGCCGCGCGCGAAGUGUGUCGACACUCAAAGUGGGAAAAGAGUUCUCGAUGAGGACAGGGCGAGACGCUCCGCGAUGACCGGGGAGCUUGUUUCCGACCCGGAUUACCCGGGUGAUCUGCUUUUCGAGCACCGUCGUCUUUACCGGACCGCGGAGAGUGAAUCCUUUCAUCGGAUCGAUGUCACUUUUACGCUGCUGCGAGAAGAUGCGUGGGACAUCGAGGCCGUGCAUUGUGCUGUCUUGCAUCUGAUCAAGCGUCACGUAGGUACAACAAUUUGAUGUUCUCGGAAAUUCUGCUUCUAAGUAGCCGUGCGCGUGCUCUUCACCUUUUAAUUCUGAUUCGAUUUGUUCUAGAUCAUCCUGCUGACCAGAUGAUCACUCUGCACCUACAACGAGCUUCUACUUCAUCAGGUUUGCGUCUCAGUUUCUACGAUCCGGGUGACUUUCUGAACUACAUGCAGAGCGCAGCCUCCCAUGCGAUGCAGAUGAACUCCACUUGGUUGUCGCGACUGCUUUACAUCGGUUGGCCACGUUGCUGCGUUGCGGCUGCAGGACACCAGCAUGAACAGUUCGGCGGGGGAGCGACAGCACUUCUAGCGGACCUCGACGCGCAAUUUUCCCGAUACUUUCAGAUCAUUGAUUUUCGUGCGUCUCAGGAAAGACAGCGGAGUAUUCAAAGCGAGAGAACUUCAUCCGACGCGCCGGUUGCAGCUUCUGCUGUUGCGAAUAAAGGCGCCAUUCGUAGUGCUCCUACAGCCGACGUUCCUGGUGCGGAAGAAACGGAAUCUGCCGGUGACCCGGACUACCGAGAUUUGCCAAGCUACUUGAGGGACAGCUACCACGACGUAUUGCCGCAAGUUCGUGCUGUCCUGUCGACACGACGUCAACGCCUUUCCGCUACAGCGGACCAGCGGCGGCACGUGCUCAAGCUACAUUUCACUCACGGUGUUGCAGAUGGCGGAAGUGGAAACCCGUUGCUCAAAGACUUUGUGCACUUCUACGACUCGUUUUCUAGUACAAUAAGACCACCAGCACGAACAACAUCAAAUACGAAAACAAGAAGUGUGUUUUCUUCGUCAGGCUCUAGCUCCGAAGAUCAAAUAAACACUAGUGCUUCAACAUUUCUCGGAUCGAGCAGUCGCAGGAUGGAGUCGGUAACGACGGACAAAAAUAAUCCCACUGGGCUGACGGCACUCGUCCUUGAUCCGCGGAUCCGAGCCAAACGCUUUUUUGACAAGCUCCAGCAGCAGCUCGUGCAUGGAAUUGGAAAGCCGACCGAAAAAAACGAGAAUCCGGAAACAGUGACAUCUUCACCGCAUGGGCAGGACGCCACGGCGGCCGACCGGCGCGGCCCCAUUCAGGUGCUGGAGGACAAGAAUGAUCCCACGAAUGGUCAAGGGCCAGAUCGUGCCGACCGCUCUGAAGAAGAUGGAGGGCCCGUCCGUGCUCGUAAAAGUGUACUUCCCCACAGUACUCUUACUACAACCACCAGUUCCGAGUCUCUGUCCACCCUGAAGACCAACGCGAUGCUCGAGUGCGAUCAGCGGCUCUACGAAUCCCUCGUGAACCGCUCCCGUACCGCCGGACCGGACCUGAUGCCGUUUUGGGAAUCAGUCAAAAGACGAGAAGACUACGAGUACUUUCUCGAGUUUUCCCCGGUGUCCUUUCUCCCCUACCUCGCCAGGAAGCACGGCGUGACGCUGGACAACGUGAUCCUCGGGCUCUUCGGCGUCACAUCCUACCGGUUUUUGCUUCUCUCCCCGACGUUCUACCCCUAUUUCACCCGCUUUCCCUGCAACGACAAACAUUCCACCUUCAGCAUGCAGGUUAUGGCGCUCUCAACUGUUACAUUCUCAGCUGUUGCGUGAAUUUGUGACGCAAGAAUGGCAACAGUCAAUGGGAAAGCUUGCCGCUUUCGCAUCACAGAUUUGGCACAGAUUUAGACGCUGCUUAGCCUCUCGGAGAUUUGUCAUGCGAAGCAGCUUUAUCACGUGGCGGCUUAACCUUAAGGUAGUCUCGCAUGACAAAUUCACGCAACAGUUGAGAGUGUGACGCUUGAGAACUCCAUGCAGGUCGUCGCGCCUCUCCGGGACCAGCUGGACACGGUGAAUCUCGUCGCGAAUUUGGUGUCCUACCGCACCAUAUGGAUUGCAAAAAUGUCUGGGUCUGGAAGAAUGGAAGGUCUGUCAUGCUCUGUUAGCAUGACUCCAAAGGCUGUCAUGCUCGUUACCCAAAAGCCCCACUUUUCUGUCAUGCCGAAACGCGGUUUGUCAUGCAGAAAACGCAAUAUCUAGCAAGUCAGAAACUUGUCAUGCUGAGCCGUCACUUAUGGCGUCCUCAGGAUUCGCCAACCAGCAUCGCAAGUUUCCAGACCCAGACAUAUUUGCACUUCAUACACCAUCCGAGCGAACUUCCUCGCGAGUGCGACGGUUCAAGACUGCUUCAAGAUCCUGUGCGAAAAAGUGAAGAACCGGGAGUGGGAGGUCCAGAAUUGCUUUGAACGAACGGUGUUUCUCAACCUGCGCUCCUCCGUGGGGAUAUCCUGUGCAAAAGUAGUAUCGUACCAGUAUAAAUUCUUCGCAUUACAAAUUAGCUCAGCAUGACAAAUGGAAUUUGUAAUGCUGUUUCGGCUUCGGAAGGAGAUUUGUCAUGCAUGUCUGCAAUUAUUAGUUCUUACGAGCGCGAAGCUUUUGCAUUUCAUAGGGGAAGGUGUCCGACCACGUUUCUCAAGAGUUCCAGUACCCGCGCGUCCGGGAGCAACCCCGACGGGGCUCCAUGCACCCCUCGGAAUACCCGAUACGAUUGAUGGUAGACCAGCUUUCUGACAACCACGAUUACGUCGCUUGGAUUCGGUCGUGGGAGCACCUGCAUCCAGGGUCCUGCAACGGGGAACUCUUUCACGAUUUGCUGGAGGACACGCUCUGGUGUUUGAUCGACAGCAAACCCGAGGAGCACUGUGUCCGUUUUGGCUUGUCCGAAUGGCAAAAACAGCACGGGAUCGUGGGGACCAGGGAAAGAAAAUACAACUACCGUGCGUUUCCUUACCGAGGGACCGGGGACCGGAUCGCAAGGCUGUGCGGGUAUAGUGCAGGGGAAGAGGAAGAAAAAACGUAAGAAACAAACACAAGAAAAAGAUAAAGUGUUUUUCUUUUCUUGCAUAUAGAUCGGGUCAGCGAGCGAUCGAGUUCCAUAAUUUUGCUUGGUUUAAUUUAUUAAUUUCAUAUGACAUGAAGUUCUUAGAGAAGAAGUUCCAUGCAUGAAAGCAGUUGUACUUGUUGAUCGUCCUCUGCGGAUCAUGGAACGAACUCGAUCCCUUUUCUUGAAAUUCAAUUUUCAAAUUGUACAACACCAGAUGCACCUCUUUAUUUGCUGGUGCUUCACUCUGUACCAGACCCAGAGGACAUCAGUGUACCAGUUUUUAAUACAACUUCCAGUACUAUUGAACAGCUUUUCCUG